CGGAAGUAAUGCUAGCAAUUUGCUUAACUGUCUAUGGAAAUGUGUGGCUUGCAGUAGAAAGUUCUUCUUGUCGUAUAUUAUUGUACGUGUCGGGGUUCACUACUGUAGCUGCACCGGUAUUUAUGAAAGACUGUUACUAUAACGUAGCUAGUGUCUGCCUGCCUCUGUCACUGUUGCGGCUCUGUGCCUCUAUACAAAGUCAACUCUGCUCUGUUGUUGUUAGCUUAGCUAACGUUAGCCCCAAGGUCUCACUGCCUGUCCUCUACAUGCUGUGACUUGCUAACAGGAAUCUGAGGCUGUGGAGACAUGGUGGGCUAUGACCCUGGGGCUCUGUGUGCAGCUUUCUCACCAGAGGAGGCAGCCCUGGCUGGGUCAGCUGCUGGGAUGGUCACCAGGGCCCUCAUCAGCCCCUUUGACGUGCUUAAAAUCAGAUUUCAGCUGCAGAUUGAGCGUCUGUCUUCACAUAGGCCCGAGGGGAAGUACCAGGGAUUACUUCAGGCAUCUCGGUGCAUUUAUUUAGAGGAGGGACUCUCCGCUUUUUGGAAGGGCCAUGUCCCUGCACAGCUCCUCUCCAUUAGCUUCGGGGCUGUCCAGUUUGCCAGUUUUGAGUUAAUGACGGAGGUGGUCCACAAGUCGACGCUGUAUGACAGCCAGACAGCAGGAGUUCACUUUCUGUGUGGUGGUCUGGCUGCAUGCUCUGCUACAGUGGUCUGCCAGCCUCUGGACACACUGCGGACACGCUUUGCAGCUCAGGGAGAAACCAAGGUUUACAGCAACUUGCGUCAUGCUGUGUCUACAAUGUGCCGCUCAGAGGGAGUGCUAACAUUUUACCGUGGCCUGUCUCCAACACUGAUGGCAGUGUUUCCUUAUGCUGGGCUGCAGUUUUUCUUCUACAAUGUGUUUAAGAAACUGUUGGCUCCAACAGCUGAAGCUGGAAACUCAGGAGGAGACCUAAGAAGCCUGGUCUCUGGCAGUGGAGCUGGAAUAAUCAGCAAAACAAUGACAUACCCCUUUGACCUUUUCAAGAAGAGACUGCAGGUGGGGGGCUUUGAGGCAGCCAGAGUUCACUUUGGACAGGUGCGGAAUUAUAGAGGCCUGGUGGAUUGCAUGGUUCAAAUAGCCAAAGAAGAGGGUGUCCGAGGCUUCUUCAAAGGCCUCUCACCCAGCCUUGUGAAGGCUGCACUAUCAACAGGCUUCACCUUUUUUUGGUAUGAAUUUUUUCUCAAUGCCAUGCAUAACCUAAAGGAAAGGCGGAGAACAAAUGGCCUCGCCAGAGACCUCGAGGAAAGUUAGUGAAGGGAAAAAAAGUAACAAUGUCAUAAUAACGCACAUUAGAAAUAGACCCAUGCCUCUUUUGCUUGCACUUAACACAUUUAUCACCUGGGUCGAAGUUCGGUGUUUUUCUUUUUAUGUUUUUGUGUUUAUGUAUAAGGAUGGGAAAACAUAACCUCAUUGUAUUUGUUUAUGUGCUGUCAUUACGUCUUGUAUCCAAAAUUGCAUUUUUU